AUCAGGACGCUACAGAUCAUGGCCAUGGUGCACGUCGUCACGACUCAUGUCGCUGAGAUUCGAUGGACGACGGGAUCGAGCAUGCUACCGACCCUUGCGGCAUCAGGUGAUCAAGUCUUACACGUACGCUGGCCGCUGUACAAUUUCACUCAGCGCAUCAAGCGCACUAACACCUACGGUCUCGAGCUAGGUGAUUUGGUCGUCGCCACAUCGCCCAUGAACCCAUCCAAGACAGUGUGCAAGCGCGUCGUCGGCCUCCCUGGCGACACGAUCCUCGUCGACCCCAGAAAGGAUGCGCCAAGCAUUACAGUACCAAGGGGUCACGUCUUCUUAUGCGGUGACAAUCUCAAUAACAGCACAGAUAGCAGGCACUAUGGUCCCGUACCGAUCGGACUGAUUAGAGGCAAAGUUGUUGCGAGGGUA